GCUCCGCGGAGUCUCUGACCUUCCUCCUUCCCGCAGCCCCGGAGAGACGCGCGACGGUCGCGCCGAUCUCCUCCUCCCCCGGGAAGCCGUCCGGGCUUGAGGCCGGGCCGCCGCCGCCCGCUUCGCCCCCCGCCGCCGAUGGUGUCCGGAGCUCUGGCGCCCAGCUUGUGAGCGGGAAGCCCCUGACUGCCCAUCCGCACCUGCCCGGCUCCCUCUGGCUACGCCAUGUCUGGCUCCUACGAUGAAGCCUCGGACGAGGUCACAGACAGCUUCUGGGAGGUGGGGAACUACAAGCGGACGGUGAAACGCAUUGACGAUGGCCACCGCCUGUGCAACGACCUCAUGAGCUGCGUGCAGGAGCGCGCCAAGAUCGAGAAAGCCUAUGCGCAGCAGCUCACCGACUGGGCCAAGCGCUGGCGCCAGCUCAUCGAGAAAGGUCCGCAGUAUGGCAGUCUGGAGCGGGCCUGGGGCGCCAUGAUGACAGAGGCAGAUAAGGUGAGCGAGCUGCACCAGGAGGUGAAGAACAGCCUGCUGAACGAGGACCUGGAGAAGGUCAAGAACUGGCAGAAGGACGCCUACCACAAGCAGAUCAUGGGUGGCUUCAAGGAGACCAAGGAGGCAGAGGAUGGCUUCCGCAAGGCCCAGAAGCCCUGGGCCAAGAAGAUGAAGGAGCUGGAGGCAGCCAAGAAGGCCUAUCAUCUGGCUUGCAAAGAGGAGAAGCUGGCCAUGACUCGGGAGAUGAACAGUAAGACGGAGCAGUCGGUCACCCCUGAGCAGCAGAAGAAACUUCUGGACAAAGUGGACAAGUGCAGGCAGGACGUGCAGAAGGUACCUGUGGGGAGGACAUGCAGAAGGUCCCUGUGGGGAGGACGUGCAGAAGGUCCCUGUGGGGAGGACGUGCAGAAGGUCCCUGUGGGGAGGACGUGCAGAAGGUCCCUGUGGGGAGGACGUGCAGAAGGUCCCUGUGGGGAGGACGUGCAGAAGGUCCCUGUGGGGAGGACGUGCAGAAGGUCCCUGUGGGGAGGACGUGCAGAAGGUCCCUGUGGGGAGGACGUGCAGAAGGUCCCUGUGGGGAGGACGUGCAGAAGGUCCCUGUGGGGAGGACGUGCAGAAGGUCCCUGUGGGGAGGACGUGCAGAAGGUCCCUGUGGGGAGGACGUGCAGAAGGUCCCUGUGGGGAGGACGUGCAGAAGGUCCCUGUGGGGAGGACGUGCAGAAGGUCCCUGUGGGGAGGACGUGCAGAAGGUCCCUGUGGGGAGGACGUGCAGAAGGUCCCUGUGGGGAGGACGUGCAGAAGGUCCCUGUGGGGAGGACGUGCAGAAGGUCCCUGUGGGGAGGACGUGCAGAAGGUCCCUGUGGGGAGGACGUGCAGAAGGUCCCUGUGGGGAGGACGUGCAGAAGGUCCCUGUGGGGAGGACGUGCAGAAGGUCCCUGUGGGGAGGACGUGCAGAAGGUCCCUGUGGGGAGGACGUGCAGAAGGUCCCUGUGGGGAGGACGUGCAGAAGGUCCCUGUGGGGAGGACGUGCAGAAGGUCCCUGUGGGGAGGACGUGCAGAAGGUCCCUGUGGGGAGGACGUGCAGAAGGUCCCUGUGGGGAGGACGUGCAGAAGGUCCCUGUGGGGAGGACGUGCAGAAGCUACACCCACGUCUACCGAGAACUGGAGCAGGCUAUCAGGGGCGCCGAUGCCCAGGAGGACCUCAGGUGGUUCCGCAGCACCAGUGGCCCUGGAAUGCCCAUGAACUGGCCUCAGUUCGAGGAGUGGAACCCAGACCUCCCCCACACCACUGCCAAGAAGGAGAAGCCGCCUAAGAAGGCAGAGGGGGCCACACUGAGCAAUGCCACAGGGGCUGUAGAGUCCACAUCCCAGGCUGGGGACCGCGGCAGUGUUAGCAGCUAUGACCGAGGCCAACCGUACGCCGCCGAGUGGUCAGACGAUGAGAGCGGGAACCCCUUCGGGGGCAAUGAGGCCAAUGGUGGCGCCAACCCCUUCGAGGAUGACGCCAAAGGAGUACGUGUGCGGGCGCUCUACGACUACGAUGGCCAGGAACAGGACGAACUCAGCUUCAAGGCGGGAGACGAGCUCACCAAGCUGGGAGAAGAAGAUGAGCAGGGCUGGUGCCGCGGGCGGCUUGACAGCGGGCAGCUGGGCCUCUAUCCUGCCAACUACGUUGAGGCCAUCUAGCUACCCUGCCCAUCCAAGUCCUCUCGCUCCUUGUCCACCGCUCCCACCCUCUCCCUCCCCUCGCCAUAGAGUUCCAGACAUAUUUUCCGAUCAAGCUUUUAUUUUUUUAAAAGUCAAAACAGAACAAAAGAAAUACAGAGACAGCAUUUGUGGCCUACCUUCAUGGAGGCCAGGGUGGUGGGGCUUAGGACAACGGCCCCAGCGUGGACAAGGGAUUUAGCCCAAUAUCACAUCUGCUCUAGAGUCCACCAAAGAGUCUCCUGAGCCCUGAGGGAUACCUUCUGGAUCCUUCUACCCUGCUUUGCUCCCCUGCCCCACCUCAGGCUGCCAGCAGCUGCCCUUGUCACCUGAGCCUGGCUUCUUCACCUCUUCCUCCCUCCCCCAUUCCCUCUCCUCACUUCUACCACUACCCCCCUCUUUUUUAUUUGUUCAUUUAUUUUUUUGGUUUUUGGUUUUUUUCAAGGCAGGGUUUCUCCGUGUAGCCCUGGCUGUCCUGGAACUCACUUUGUAGACCAGGCUGACCUCGAACUCACAGAGAUCCACCUGCCUCUGCCUCCCGAGUUAUGGGAGUAAAGGUGUGCGCCACCACCGCUCAGCUUACUACCCUCCUGCACAUCCCAAGAAGGAGGCCCCCCAAUCUGUAGUCUUCCACUCUGCCCUGGGGGUGCUGUUCUCCCAGUCCUGAUCUGUUGGUCACCCUUCUCUGUGGAGCUUCCAGGGCUCUCCAGAGCUAGAGGAAGUGAUGGUGUCCCUGGCACACGGGAGAGUGAGGGAAGAGCAGAACCUAUCCAGGCUGUGCCAACCUCCCAGUGCCAGACCCAUUUUGAGGGAUGAAAACCUUGUCUGGGCCUGUGGUCAGAGGAUCCCCAGAGCCACUCUGCAGCUAGCAGAGGCCCUGCCUCUCCUGAGGCCUUGACACUGGGCAAAGCCCCCCUCACCCAAGCCCAGGGCAAAGCCAGCAACAGUAGCAGCCUUCUCUCGUUCCCUGGGGAAAAGGCAUUGGGCAUCCGUCCCCCGUCCUUCAUGGCCAUCCAGAAAUGUCCCACCCUUCUCUGUGUCAGCAUCGGCCAUUGUGAAGCCAGUACACAAGGCUCUCAACCUCCCUUUUCUUGCUUCUGUCACCUGGCCAACCUGGGAGACACGGGUUCAGGGGAGCAUCCAGGUCCCCUCUAGACUGGGGAGACACGGGCUCAGGGGAGCAUCCAGGUCCCCUCUCAACUGGGGAGACCCGUGGGCUCAGGGGAGCAUCCAGCCUGGCCCUGGACAGGGAAGCCAGCAGUCCAGGCUGGCAUGAGAAAGGAGCUCUGGAUGGUCACCGUAUCUUUCUGUCCCUUUUGGUUUUCCAACAUUACCCCCUGAAUGCUGGCAGCCACCUCCCCCAAUUUCUCUAAGCCUGAGUCUUCAUUAAAGGACUCUGGGUGGUGGGAAGGGACACAGGGCCUUGUGGGUGGAAAGUGGGCGGCAGCUCUCCUUUGGGUGGCAUGGGAAGCAGACACCCCAGAGGGGAGAAUGGGCAGUCUGUUUAUCCGAAACUUUGGGAACAAGGACCUGAGGAGUCCCAUGCUCACAGCCAGUAUCUACUAGGCCUUUGAGCCACUGACACCCUCUGCCUCCCGGAUCAGGUGGCUUUGGGGCCUCCAGGGAAAGAGCAUGCAUCCCUAUGUUCUCUAGGACCCUUUAGCUACUUCUGACACUGUCUGGUCUCGGACCCAGGCAUCGGGGCUCUGACCCUCUUCUCGUGGUUAGGGCAGUGGCAGGGGCCUGUGGGGGUCAGUCCUUCCUCAGGACCAUGAGCGUGGCAUCCUAGGGCUGCCAGCAUCCUCUCCUUUGUUACCGUUUGCCCUAGGGACUUCUGCUUCAGCCAAGGUUGGAUGCUGGGCCCCUCAGGACCUGAAGCAGGAUUCGGAACCUUCCUUUUUCCAUAGCUCUUCCUGCCUCCCUGGCUGGCAGGAAUCCUCCACCCAAGAAAGGCAAGAAGCCGCCAUGUCUGCACCUUGGGGCCUGGGCUCCCCCUCUGCGCUAGCGGCUUCCCAGCAUCUGGAGAGGGGCUGUGGCCCUGACUAGACCCCAGGCCUGCCCCCCUCAGCACACUAGCUGCCCAGUCGUGGGCAGGAACUGGAAAAUCUCCCUCUCUCCCUUAUGAACAACCACCUUCAACAACCCCAUCUGUGACCAGACUUGGUCCUCAAGCUCCUCAGCACCCGAGUGCUGGAGGGUCCCUGGAAGUCCCUAGAGCCCUGAGCCUGGCCCCACCUGUCAUGACUGGUGUCGGGGCACACAUACCCUCGCUGUGUCCACACCCCUCCUGUACUCCCCAAGGGCCCCAUUGAUGCUGCACGGGACCCUGCAGGGCUCGGUCAGUGAUGUGUUUUGUCCCCAGUUAAACCACCAUCCUGCAGCCUGGUUCCAGGGAGGAGCCGAGGCUGACCCACCGCCGCCGCCACUGCGUCUGCCGCCCUAGGCUUCCUGACUCCAUUAGUUCCGACACUUGUGAAACUCCGAGAAGUGCUGUGGUCUCAGCAAUGUUUUGUACAUGAUUGUGUAAUUUAAAGGUAUAUAAAUACAAAUAUAUAUAUAUAUCAGUUGUGACUGUAUGACUGUGGAUAAAACCAGAAUUCUAUCACCCUGCCUUGUCUUCUGAGUCUCUGUGAUGAUGAUGUCUGUCCUGGGGGAGGUGGCCCUGUGCAAGGCUAAGUGCCGGGCAGCUGAGGGUCUAGGGAGGUCACUGAGGCUCUGGCCUCAGAUACGAGGUGAAGGGUGACAACACUGACCAGUAGAC